AUGUGUAAAGGUUGUACUAAAGAAUGUAAUUCAAUGGGAGGUUAUAGUUCUUGCUACGUACCUAAAAAAACUUCAAGUUGCAGAGAUGUAGGAAAAAAUUGUGCAUCAUUUGCACCCCUUUGUACACAUUAUCUAUACAGAGUUAGUUUAGCAAAAAUAUGUUCUUCUACAUGUAAUACUUGUAAUGGAAAACCAGCAACAAUUCCUCCACCAACUACAACUACAACAAGAAGAUCAGCAACAAGCAAACCGUCAACAACUUUAGAAACGUCAUCGAUAUCAACUACUGGUGGAAGUUCAACUACAGAUGCAAGUUCAACUACUGGUGCAAGUUCAACUACUGGUGCAAGUUCAACUACUGAUGCAAGUUCAACUACUGCAACAUCUACAACAGCAAUACCUUAA